AUGGCCAGCUGGUCAGGACAGCCCGCCAUCAGAGGCAACUCCGAGGCUGUGCGCAUGAUUCUGUUAAGUUUCGUCACUAUUGGCAUAACUUUCACAUGGGGUAUCGAAAUGACAUUAUGGAUUGCUGGUCCGUUGUCCGGUCUCAUAGUUCAGCCUGUUGUCGGCGUCAUUGCGGAUGAGAGCUUUACCCGUGAGAUUGUUGGUUUCGUGGUGGCCGAUGAUGAGGCCGCCAAGCGACCUACAAUAGUAUUGGCUGUAUUGGCCAUAUAUGUUGUUGAUUUCGCUAUUAAUGCUGUCAUGUCAUGCUCAAAGAGUCUCAUUGUCGACACAUUACCAAUCCACAAACAGCAGACAGGGGCGGCUUGGUCAAGUCGUAUGUCUGCAAUUGGUCAUAUGAUUGCGUAUGGUGCCGGGGCUGUAGAUUUGUUGAAGCUGUUUGGAACCACGCUUGGUGAUACUCAGUUCAAACAGCUCACGGUCAUCUCAACCAUUGCUCUUCUAGGUUCAACGUCACUCACUUGCUGGGCCGUUACAGAGCGGGUUCUGCUAGCCUCCAAACCAACCCAGCAUGAGGGUCGCUUCAAAGUCUUUCGCCAAAUCUGGUCGACACUUCUAAACCUACCUCCUCGAAUUCAAGCCAUCUGCUGGGCACAGUUCUGGGCUUGGAUCGGUUGGUUCCCUUUCCUUUUUUAUAGUACCACAUGGGUUGGUGAAACAUACUUUCGUUACGACGUGCCUGCCGAUGCAAGGAAAUCUAAGGAUACUCUCGGUGCCAUUGGGCGCAUAGGAAGCACUGCGCUUGUUAUUUACUCCGUAAUCACAUUUGCAGGUGCCUGGAUUUUGCCCAUGUUUGUGCAGUCUCCUGAGGACAACUCCUUUACCCACCGGCCUCCUCAGGUAAUCGCAGGCUUCUUGACACGGUUCAACCAGGUGAAGCCUGAUCUAUUGACCGCUUGGAUGCUUGGGCACAUAAUGUUUGCUGCAUCCAUGUCUUUGGCGCCAUUUGCAACCAGCUUCCGAUUUGCGACUGUUCUGGUCUGUCUAUGCGGCAUACCUUGGACUCUCGCUAUGUGGGCUCCGAGUGCUUUCCUCGGCGUCGAGGUCAAUAAGCUCGGCGGUGGCGCCGGAUCAGAUGGCACAUAUCGUCGCAUUUCGGACGAGCCCGACAUCGAGCUCUCCGAGAUCAGCCACAACGAUGCAACUUUGCCGCUCGAUCAUGGUUCGGAGGUUGGUAUGCCAUCUACGGCUUCUACGGGCGAGUUAUCAGGUAUCUACUUCGGCAUCCUGAACAUUUAUACGACUUUGCCACAGUUUGUUGGUACGUUCAUAUCUACCAUCGUGUUCGCGGUCCUCGAGCCUGGAAAGAGUCCCGAGCUCGCGGGUGAUGAAAAGAAGCAGCCAGAUCCAGAUGGUCCGAACGCCAUAGCGGUGUGCCUAUUCAUUGGAGCCAUGAGCAGUUUGGUUGCAGCAUAUGUGACCCGGAAGCUAAAGGUCACAUAA